GAAGGAGGUUUCCGUGCUGUGGGUGGUAAUUAUCAUCCAGUCCAGAAAAGUUGCAGCUUCAAACGCGCACUGCCACAUCACACACCGCCGUUGUCAAGCAGCCUCAACAUGCGUUUCGGACUUUCGCUGCUGUUUCUUUCCUUGGCGAGAAGUUGUUGGUGCGCCCCUCAGCAGACUUGUCAGCCCGGAGACGAGUUUUUGGGAAGAUGCAGCAACAACGUGUUUGAAGAAAAACCUACCUGCACAGAGCUGAACCUGGGCUACUGUAAUGAUAUGGAGUACUCAAGUACCAUAUUCCCUAACAUCCUUGGCCACCGGAGUCGCUUAGAGGCAGAGUCGGGACCAGAGUACCUCCUCCUGAGCGUCAUCCAUGGCCUGCUCAAUGGGGAGUGCUCCCCUGAGAUACGUCUCGUAGGCUGCUCGGUGCUCGCCUCGCCUUGCCAGAAUGACAAGAUGAUCAAACCCUGCCGCAGCACAUGCGACGCACUGAGGAAGGACUGUGUCCAUGCCUUUGAGGCCAUCGAAAUGGCCUGGCCCUACUUCCUAGACUGUGACCGCUUCUUUGCCAGCAACGAGGAGGGCUGCUUUGACCCGCUGGCAGGGCUGAAAGCCAGACAGGAGCUAGCAAUAUCCAGCCUCUCUCCCGAAGAACCCAGCACCAUCAUCCAGUUCACCUACACCUCCAACGCCCAGAUGUACAGUUUACUGAAGAGAACAGCAGCCAAGUGCUCCCAUAUCUCUAAUGUCUACAGCAUCGGACGCAGCACAGAAGGCAGGGACCUCCUGGUGAUUGAGUUCACCAACAACCCGGGGCAACACGAGCUAUUGGAGCCAGAGAUCAAGCUGGUGGGCAACAUGCAUGGCAAUGAGGUGCUGGGCCGCCAGCUGCUCAUCUACCUGGCCCAGUACCUGUGUUCAGAGUACAGUCUGGGGAACCAACGAAUUCAGACCCUCAUCAACACCACCCGCAUCCACAUUCUGGCCUCCAUGAAUCCAGAUGGCUAUGAGCUGGCCGCCUCAGAGGUAGAGGAUAGCAAUGAUCCGGAGCUCAGCAACCAGGAAGGACACUUGUUAAAUGGUUGGACCAAUGGACGGACCAACGCUCAGAAUCUUGACCUCAACCGCAAUUUUCCGGACCUCACCUCCAUUUUCUACCGGAACCGCCGCAGCAGGUACUACCGCAUUGACCACAUCCCAAUCCCUGACGCCUACUGGUUUGGCAAGGUGGCACCAGAGACCUAUGCAGUGAUGAAGUGGAUCAGGUCACUACCUUUCGUCCAGUCUGCCAGCCUCCACGGUGGGGAGCUGGUGAUCUCCUAUCCCUUUGACUUCUCCAGAGACCUGCAUGAGGAGAGGAUGUUCUCACCCACCCCAGAUGAGCAGGUCUUCAAGCAGCUGGCUCGAACCUACGCAGACGCUCAUGAAACCAUGUCAAACAAUGACACAGACAGGUGUGGGGCCUCCUUUUACCGCACCAGGGGCAUCAUCAAUGGGGCAUUGUGGUACAGUUUUGCUGGUGGUAUGUCAGACUUCAACUACUUGCAUACUAAUUGUCUGGAGAUCACCGUGGAGCUCGGCUGUGACAAAUUCCCCUCAGAGGUCGAGCUUUACCCAGAAUGGAAGAGGAAUAAGGAAGCUCUGCUCAGUUUUAUGGAGUCUGUCCAUCGAGGAAUAAAGGGAGUAGUUAAAGACACUGAUGGAAAUGGGAUAAAAGGUGCAACUAUCUCCGUCAGGGGCAUUAGGAAAGAUGUCACCACAGCUGAAGAUGGAGACUACUGGCGGCUGCUAAACCCUGGCACUCACAUCCUGACAGCUACAGCCAAGGGUUUCUCCAGGGUCAGUAAGAGGAUUUAUCUGCCUCACAACAUGAACAAGGCCGGACGUGUCGACUUUGUCUUGGAGAAGGUUCCUGUGGAGCCCGAUAUGGACGACCACCUCUUCCCCACAAUAGACACAUGGGAUCAAUUUGACCCCUACAAUCAGUUUGAGCGCUUCGGCGAGCCAGAGGUAGGCGAGGGAGGGAUAGAGCGGCAGGAGAAACCAUGGUGGUGGAACUACUUCUCCCAGUCUGGCAUCUCGCCUCCACACUGGCUGCUGCGAAACGUCUAGACGUGUUACAGGACAAUAAAGAUCCCCGCAUACCACUGGGAGACUGGUAGCGGACAGUCCCACAUCCAGUCCCACCCAGUGCUGUCAGAGGCAUAUGGCAGGCGCUGUGACACUGAAAUCUGCUGUACCUACAAGGAUUUCAAUGCUUCCUGGAGGGGUAUGAAAAAGCUUUUUUCCACCAGGCAACAAAUUCAACUCUGGCCUUUAAGCAGACUUUUGGCCAAUAUUGCUUUGCAGCUGCAUUUAACUUGUUUUAAGUAAAAACUGAACCACUGAAUUAUGGAUGCCUCAAUGGUCCAAGAUUGUCACAUUCAGAAAUAAUGGUAUGCAUUUAUUUGAAUAUUGUGGUUACAGAUUACAAUUUCACAUGUGGUGGCAGCUACAUAAAAUGUCUUUGUGGACACAAAAAUUGAGUUGAGUACAAAUGUCAUGCAGAUUUGAUUUUUUUUUUGUUGUUUUUGUUUUUACAUUCCACAUGUGAUUUCCCUGUAUGUUUAAGCCACAUUGUAUGCAUUAUACUAGGCUUAAGUGCUACACUCUGCAGUGCUACACGAUGUUGUGGACCUGUAACAGCAUUGUGUAUUGAGCACCACAUUUAAGCUUGGAUUAUCAUCAGUACUGUGCCAAUUGUCAACAGAAAAUAUUAUUGCUUCGUUUGUUUUUCACAAGCAUCAAAAAUACACAUUAAAUAUU